GUAUUCUUCUGACAAUCGCAGUUGUUUCCUCGAUACAAAAGUGUCAAUAGAAGAAAUUCCGCAAUUAUUCUUACGAUGGCUGAAUCUCAAAAUUCGUCCGAUAAAUUUCCGCUUAAGUUGACGGGUGAGUAAAAGGAGUACGCAGCGAAGGUUUUAAAUGAAUCUGACGAAGGUAGAGAAAACGCUAUCGCAGAGAUUAAACGAUGGAUUCAAGAGCGCGAUUUGCGCGCACAAACUGUAUUUGUUUCUCUUUGCGAAAAUUGGACGAUCAAGGAAGAUUGGUAAUCAUCAUUCGUUUUGCGCAUGACCCACACGCAAUUACAGUAGCGGAAGCAGUUAAGGGUUGCUACCCCACAAGAAUGAAAUUGCUCAACUAUAUCAACGUGCCGGGAUAUGCUAAUUUAUUUCUGGAGCUUACCAAAUUGUUUUUGAAUAAAAAACUGAGGGAAAGAUUUCAUUUCUAUUCGCGCCAGACGGCGCAUGAUUGUUUCAAAGAUAUGCCAGUUAAUAUUUUGCCGGUCGAAUAUGGCGGAACUGAUGAAUAUUGGAAGAAAGUGAUUGAAGAGAAUCGCGAAUGGCUUAUCAAUGAUGAAAAAUAUAGACCAGUUUUGAAUUAGUCAUCAAAAUUGAACGGAAUAAACUGAAAUAUUUAUAUACACAUUAAUAUAUUUUAAU